AUGGCCUCUACCCAGGAAAGCUUUGUAGACUAUUCACAAUCCUCGCGUGAUCUUCCUGCAUACACCGGACCGGAUCUCGAUACUGAAAAGAGCCUUGACUUUGUUGCACAACUCCGACAACAACAAGCAGUAGCCGCCGCUCCGCGCUACCUUGCCGUCAACAACCUCGCCUACUCUCCGCCCGCUUUCGAGCCACCGCCUUACUAUCCGGCCCCGGUUGGUCAAGAAAAGACUCUUCUCUCCAGCCCACUCCUCCCAAAGGCCAAGCCCUUCCGUCUCGCCAGCUCCCUCCGCAAGCGGAAGCCGCCCGUCUACGUCUCCCAGAGCAGUCACACUGUCUACCAGAGCGUGACAUACCUCACUUUCGACCAGCACUCGUAUCCCCAUCUCGACCUCGAGAAACGAGAAGACAUCAUGGCAUCCAACCCUGUCAUGCCAAAGGUGACAACCGCCCUCCCCUCUGGACCGCGUCCCGUCGGAGCAGGCGGCGCCGGCGUGGGUUCCCCGUCCUCCAAAGACGACAUUCUCGCUGACCUGCGCCGGCAGCUCGAUGACUCUGCGUCCUCCAUGGGUUCGAGCAUCGACUCGCGUGGCCGCCGCCGCAGGCGCAACAAUAAGGCUUUGGCGAAGAACGGGGGCCUGCAGCAGCCGGCCCUCCUGCCACGCCUGGCUGAUACCAAGCCUGUUAGGCUGCAGCUCGGGCUGAACCUUGAUGUUGAGGUCGAGCUCAAGGCCAGGCUGCAGGGAGAUGUCUCCUUGACUCUGCUUGUCGAGAAGAAGACCACGAAGCGCACGUCCACGGAGCUGAAGCCAGACUUCCACGGCGUGGUCGAGCGUGCCGAGAUGUUCUACAUGCGCAUCGGCUCGUUCCGCCUACGGCAGCGCUGGAUUGACCGAGAGAUCAGCCAGUCGCUGACGGCCACGGCGGCAUUUAGCAUCGCGGUGGGCGGAUAA